CCGUGCUGCCAGGAAGAAGAUGGGGCUCCUUUUACUUCUAAUAAUUUGCCAGUGUGCCAUAAACAGUAUCAAAACACACAGUGUUUCAAAGCCCAAUAUAAUUUUACUGAUGGCUGAUGAUCUUGGUAUUGGAGACCUGGGAUGUUACGGGAACAGAACCUUAAGAACCCCUAAUAUUGACAGGCUAGCAGAGGAAGGAGUGACACUUACUCAGCAUAUAGCAGCAUCCCCACUUUGUACUCCAAGCAGGGCGGCUUUCUUGACAGGGAGAUAUCCUAUAAGAUCAGGAAUGGCUGCCUUUUCACGAGUUGGUGUCUUCUUAUUUUCUGCCUCUUCUGGAGGACUUCCUUCUGAAGAAAUAACUUUUUCCAAACUCCUGAAGCAGAAAGGUUAUGCAACAGCUCUAAUAGGAAAGUGGCAUCUUGGGAUGAACUGUGAAAGCAGUAAUGACUUCUGUCACCACCCCCUCAGUCAUGGAUUUGAUUACUUUUAUGGCCUUCCUGUGACCAAUUUUAGAGACUGCAAACCUGGCCAAGGCAGUGUAUUUUUAAAAGGAGUUCAGAAAGACCUUGUCAUCCCAAUCCAAAUCACUGGAAUCGCCCUCGUGUCUUUGGUAGUAGUGCAGUACAUCGGUCUUCUCAAAGUACCCUGCCAAGCAUUGGGUUACUUCUUGUUAAUAAUCACAAUUUCACUUGUGGUUUUGAUUUUUUUCUUCUAUCAUUUUCGACAACUAAACUGUUUUUUAAUGAGGGACCAUCAGAUUAUCCAGCAGCCACUGUCCUAUAAGAACCUUACUCAGAGGCUGACAAAAGAAGCCAUGCGGUUUAUUGAAAGGAGCACUGAUACACCUUUUCUUCUUGUCCUGUCUUAUCUUCAUGUUCAUACUGCUCUAUAUGCUUCAGAAAAUUUCAAAGGAAAGAGCAAGCAUGGUUUAUAUGGUGAUGCAGUGGAGGAAAUGGACUGGAGUGUAGGGCAGGUUCUGGAUGUGCUGGAGAAGCAUAAUCUGAGUGACAAAAGUCUUGUAUACUUUACAUCUGACCAAGGGGCUCAUGUUGAAGAAAUCUCCAGUGCUGGAGAAGUCCAUGGAGGAUACAAUGGCAUAUAUAAAGGUGGAAAAUCAACAAACUGGGAAGGAGGUAUCCGUGUGCCAGGUCUUCUCCGUUGGCCUGGAGUGGUACAGGCUGGUGCCUAUAUUGAUGAGCCAACAAGUAACAUGGAUAUAUUUCCUACCAUAGUUCAACUUGCAGAUGCACAGUUACCCUCUGACAGGAUUAUUGAUGGACAUGAUCUGCUACCUUUACUUCAAGGAAAAGUUACUCAAUCUAAGCAUGAAUUUCUCUUCCAUUACUGCAAUGCAUAUUUAAAUGCAGUGCGCUGGCAUCCAGAAAGCAGUGAAUCUGUCUGGAAAGUCUUCUUCUUCACUCCAAACUUCAGUCCUGAGGACUCCAAUGGUUGCUAUGAUUCUCACGUUUGCUUCUGCCAUGGAGGAUUCAUUACACGACAUGAUCCUCCACUGCUCUUCGAUCUGUCCAGAGACCCUGAAGAGAAAGUCCCACUGACUCCAGAAACUGAGAGCCGUUUCUAUGAAAUUCUCAGGGUCGUACACCAAGCAGUAGACAACCACACCAGAUCCCUGCAUGCUGUUCCUAACCAGCUGUCUUGGGACAACCUUCUCUGGAAGCCAUGGCUCCAGCUCUGCUGCUCAUCUCUCCUUCAGUCUUGCUACUGUGACUAUGAGUCAGGAGGGAGUCCACUGCAGGUGCAUUUGGGAUAAAUGCAAUUCCCUUUCAGAAACUGGACCAGCAGAGUGUUAUUGAUGGGAUAUACGUGAUUCACAACUUACUAACAAGGAAGGCUCAAGGAGAAUGUGCUGCUCUGAUACUUGGAAACUGACUUUCAAUCUGUCAUGUAAUGAGCUCUGCUCUUGUAACAUGGUGCCUGUUUAUAGGAUAUGUCAGUUUAAACGGGGAGUUCAGCUUCAGAGGGUAGUGUAUUCUUCUACAGUAUUGUUUAACAGUAUCAUAUCCUAAUUUGUGACAGAGUCCCUGUACAGCCCAGAGCAAGUCAUUUAACUCAUUUCUCAGUUCUUCUGUUGCACUCGGAAAAGGAAAACAGUAUUUCUCAAACUGCUGGGAAUACUGAAAGAACAGAAAAUGCUGAAAGUGGUAAGCUGGUAAAGGUAAAGGUGAACUUCUAGUACCUUCUCUAUAGAAGACACAAUUUAAAAGGUGGAAAAAUAGGAUGUAUAAGAUCCCCCUAUAUGAGGCAGUAGGUGAUACCCUUAACUUGAGGUCUGGAGAUGGGUUCUGUGUGUAGUUUAGUGCAUGUGGGGUUGUGAUCUGGAGGAGAGAGAAUAGAUGGCUGAGAAAGAUACACACUUGGGAUUCAGAAAAGUUAUAAGACCCAUUUUUAUAAUUAUAUUUAUUCUCUUCUUUAGCAGUCAGAAAACUACAUGGAAUAAUAAAUUAUGUUUUUCCCUCUGGGACUGGAUGUCACAGGUUCUCAGCUCUUAAAAAUGCUGACUUGCCUCCAAUUAUGGUCAGAAAAAUCAAAAGUAAAAAAAGAAAAAGGGAAAUAGGAGCUUUGGAGAGAGGUGUCAGCUCACUUAAAUCCAACUGAAAGUUUGCAGAGAACUAAUAGAAUCUGUUCUGUAUACUUCACAGGUCAGUGAGAAUCAUCACUUGCCAGCAAGCGUUUAUUUCACACUGUAGUAAUGGGAAAUCUGGGUAUUCAGAUAUGUGGACAGUGUAAAAACUUUCACUUAAGAUAUCACUUGAUAUCGGAAAAAAU